AUGAUCACCGGAAUCUCUAAAGCCACCACACUUUACCUUGCCCCAGUCGUCACCCUAACUGCAAUCGUCCUCUCGCUGCUGGUCUUCCUUGCUCCAGUUUUGGUUUUGCAAGACAAAGUCGCGCUGUUAACGGUUACGCCGUCGACAGUGUUGGUUAAAAACACAUCCCAAUCGAUAGAUGGGCCAACAGUGUACCUUGGCACACUGGGCUCUUGCUCGCGACCAAAGAAUGACGCACCUAUAACUUGCUCGGCACCUUCAUUCAACCCGGUUUAUGACCUUUCUGUAUUGCCCUCCGCUGCUCCUCGAUUGCUUUUGGCUGCCCCGAACGAGGCGACCCCCAUUUUUGUGGGCAUCGCAAUCGUGUUUUCCGUCAUCUUCUUCAUCACAUUCACCCUUACCUCCUUCCGUCAAAAGUUCGGGGAGAAAAUGUCUGCUGCUCUGGACAAGCCCGGCUUCCAACGUGGUUCUACGUUGGUCGGUGUUAUUGGCUUCAUUCUGGGCAUCACGUCCUUCCUCUUUCUGCGCCUAUGGUUCGCCAAGGCAGCCAGCGACUUCAACCAGAGCAUCGCUCUCCAAGGAGCCAACGGACCGCAAGUCAUUGCCAACAUGGGCAAUGCUUUUACGAUGGUGUGGGUUGCGUACGCAUUCUACGGUGUCCCCGUUGUCAUCUCUCUUGCCAAGCUCCACGUGAAGGCGUCCAAAUGA